AAUACGAACUGCAUAGCUGGACCUGCCAGCUGUUUUAAUAUGACUAGGGUAUGGUGUAUUCUGUGUGUAGUUAAUAUUUUGUCAACAUCAGAUUAAAGGCCACUGAGUUGGCGCUAGACUCCUGUAGUUUGAUAGAAGCAUCUCACUUCCGCAAAACCAUUUCAUUGAACAGGAGCUGCAUCACAGUGACAGGUGUAGCUCAGUAACCCGGAAAUACGACAGAGCAAAACAACAGGAAUCUUCUUACUGAAGUCAUGGACAAGAGCAUUCAACAGGAUUUUGAGAACCAGUUCAAUGAUGUGGUCUCAAGACUACAAUCAAAGCAGAUGUUUCAGUCAGAUUGGGACAUUGCCUCCUUUGCAGUUUUCUUCAUCUUUAUAGGCAUGGUCCUCUUGCUGGUUAUCUUGGUUCUCAUCCGCUGCUGUUGCUGCUGCUGCUGCGAUGAGAAGCCAAGAAGACAGAAGGUGGGCAUCGACAACAUGGGAAUGGAGCCAUGAUUUUCCAGGAACAACGGGAACCACUACAUUCAAAUCACCUACAAAAUAUCAAUUAUGUGAAUCUAUUUUUAUAUCACUUAUGCCACCUAAUCAUUAUUUAUACUCGGAAAAGGUAAAUUAUUAGAGGAAGAAAAUAUUUUAGGAAGAUGCUUCCUUAUAGCGAUGAUAAAAGCAAAAACCUUUCCCAACUACGUAAAAAUGCUGUUAAUAUUUACCCAGGACAUCACAUGACUGAAGUUGCAUUUGUCCACUUUCUAGUUAAACACAUUAUUGAAGCAUUUUAUAUGAGAUUUUCUGGAUGGAACAAAUGCAGGCCCUUAACAAACAGCAUUCAUUGACAUUUCUUGUUUUUAUAGAUUGUUUAAUCUGGAAUCUGGCUGUUACUGAUUAUCCCAGCCACUCAGCCAACACCUUUUCCUUGAUUCAGGCAUGUCUAAGACUUGAGUUUUCAGUGUAUUUCUUUUAAAGGCUUGACUUUUAAAUCUGAAAUGUAAACAAUACAGAACCUACACACUUUCUGAAAAGAUUUAAAAACAAACAAAAAAAAAAACUUUAAAUGGUUCACUUUACUGUUAAAACCUCUCAUUUUUUAGAAGAGGAAAACAGAUUAAGCAAUGUUUUAUUUAUGAAAACUAACUUGGAAAAAUGAGUAUGAAUGUUUGUGUAACAUUUUUAAAAUGUACCACAUUGUUAUAAAAUUUAGACUUUGUAAGCCAAUAAUAAAUCUAUUUAAAAGGUUUAA